UAUAAAAGAUAGGUAGCCAAUCCAUACACGGUUCAAGCAUUGAACAUCCAUACUGAAACACUAUAUUCCCGUGCAAUCUGCAUGUGCUUAUCUUACAAUAGAUCACAAUAUCAAUGGAUACUGUAACGAAUGAUGUAAAGUUAAAUGUGUUGAGGGCACAGCCUUAGAUGAUCGAACCGGAAGAAGGCGUUAGCUACUGAGGGAAAGGUGGUUGCUAACCAGCUUUAGCACUAAUCAAGAAAACGCAGCAGGCUAGAAGCUAGUGGUUGAACGUGCGAGACCGCUUGAUGCAGCCAGACUGUUGUCAUAGCUUGUCUGCAGUGCAGCAGUCAGUCGAAGAGCCACUUGUAUUUAGCUCUUUUAGUUGUUAGCAAGCAAAACCCUUGAAGGUGUCAUUUCCUUUGCUGAAAGAUGGGCACGAGAGACGACGAGUACGAUUAUUUGUUUAAAGUGGUGCUGAUUGGUGACUCAGGUGUGGGCAAGAGUAACCUGCUCUCCCGCUUCACCCGCAACGAGUUCAACCUGGAGAGCAAGAGCACCAUCGGGGUGGAGUUCGCCACGCGCAGUAUCCAGGUGGAUGGCAAGACGGUAAAGGCCCAGAUCUGGGACACGGCUGGACAGGAGCGCUACAGGGCCAUCACCUCAGCGUAUUACCGUGGCGCUGUGGGGGCCCUUCUGGUGUACGACAUCGCUAAGCACCUGACCUAUGAAAAUGUGGAGCGCUGGCUGAAGGAGCUGCGGGACCAUGCCGACAGCAACAUCGUCAUCAUGCUGGUGGGCAACAAGAGUGACCUGCGCCACCUCAGGGCGGUGCCCACAGACGAGGCCCGGGCAUUCGCAGAGAAGAAUGGCCUGUCCUUCCUGGAAACAUCGGCCCUGGACUCCACUAACGUCGAGACGGCCUUCCAGACCAUUCUGACAGAAAUCUACCGCAUUGUGUCCCAGAAACAGAUGUCAGACCGCCGAGACAACGACAUGUCUCCUAGCAACAACGUGGUGUCCAUCCAGGUGCAGCCCACUGAGAACAAACCCAAGAUGCAGUGCUGCCAGAGCAUCUAGCAGCCACCCCUUACUCCCACCCCACACACACACACACACACACACACACACACACACACACACACACACACACACCAUCCCAGCCCCCCUCUCCUCUGUAAGACUGCUUGGGUGUCUGGCUGCAGCUGUGGUGGCGGGCAGAGGCACUCCGACAGUGUGGCCAGGCCUGAGCGGCUUUGAAGGGUCGCCACCUGCAGUCUCUGGACUGACUGAGCUUUUAAGUUUGGGGCUUUUAGUUUUAUUAUUAUUAUUAUUAUUAUUAUUAUUAAUAUUUUUUGUCUGUUUUAUUUUCUGCCGUUGUAGGCUUUUUAUAUGGCAAAAUUUUAAUAAUCAUACGUGCUGAUCUUCACGGAAAUGUCUUAAUAUAUAUGAUUUGUUUUUUUGUUUGUUGUGUGUGUGUGUGUGUGUGUGUGUGUGAGUGCGUUUGAGAGUUUUGUUUUAUAUUUUGUUUUCAGCAACAUGUGGUAUUUGUCCAUGCUGUUUGUCUUAUGAGAGGGCAGGCCCUGAUUUGUCUUGUUGAAAGGCCACAGAGUUGGAGAGAUGAGGGGUAGGGAUUCGGCCUUGUCCUGAGUCUCCGCUCUGUCAUUGAUAGUUACUGACCAGCUUUGAUUGGAUGGAUAGCUUAUUCAGUGCUGACAGGUUCUGAUCGGAUGGAUCGAACAACAACAACAACAACAUGCAGAAUCGGUGUGUGUCAGUGUGUGGGCUGAUUGUAAUCCGGGGGUUGACCCUGGUAGUUUUUUAAAGACACAAAUCACGCUUACUUGAUCACGCUUUUGAGAGCUUGAAGUCGAAGGUGUUGGUGGUAGCAGCAGCAGCAGUGAGGGUGGUCUUUGUUCCAUCUGGGAACUGCGUAUGGAAGGGCUUACAACCCCCCAUCCAAGGCUUCCUGCCCAUGCAUGUGGAAGGGUUUACACCCCAUCCAAGGCUUUCUUGCCCAUGCGUGUGGAAGGGUUUACCCCCAUCCAAGGCUUCUUGUCUCAGCUUCGCCUCACUUGGUGGGUCAUAUGCGUGUCUACGUACUCGGCGUGUGGCGGCAGUGGUUUCAGUGCCUUUCUCUACGGAAUGUCACAAGGGGACGAGGCCUUCUGAUUCAGCUCUAGGGCUUCGCUUACCGCAGGUUCCCUACUCUGCUUAUCCCAAUUCCACCCACACACCCACACACACACACACACCCCUCUCUCUGGCCUUCCUCCCUCCCUCCCUCUCUCUCUCUCUCUCCAACCUCAGCAUGCUCACCUUCUAUCUUGAUGCCUUCAUCUGUUCCAUAUUCUCUCCAUCUCUUUAUCUCCAUCUGGAUGCCGUAGUUCCCCAUUAUGGUGUUGCCUCUGCUAUUUGAGAUGCAUUUGCACAGAGAGCCCCUCGUGUGCUUAGUUUAGUACUGGAAGCAGCCCCCUCUUAACUCCACUCGAAACUUGCUUGAUUUUCAUCGUUACUGAGUGAUUAACGUCAGCCUUGUUUCCUCCCAUCUUUACUGGAACCCCUCGUGUGUGUGUGUGUGUGUGUGUGUGUGUGUGUGUGUGUGUGUGUGUGUGUGUGUGUGUGUGUGUGUGUCAGUCUGUUUGCAAUAUCAAAGCCUUGAGAUAAUGUCCGUCCUGACUAGUUUGUACUUCAGUCACUGAGGUAGAACACUAGCUAACAAAUACACACCCAGCCCUUUUUAUUUGCAGUGCCAAUGGACCAUUAAGAGCAUUCAUGUAUGUAUUUAUGUAUGUAUGUAUGUACAUAUGUAUGUAUAUACGUACUGUAGCAUAGUUGAGCAACACGUUGUAGUCUCUGUGCUGUUGCCCAAUGUAUAGUCACAUCCUCCUGAGUAUGCCUUAGCAGACGACUAGGUCACUAGGACACUCAAGACCAAUGCUGACCAAAUCUGGCCCAGUCUCAACACACGCGCUCACACCCUUGCAACCUUCUACACCUCUUAAUGAAAGGAGUUUGGAGUGGUGAAAGAAUGAAAGCAGAAUGAAACGUCUUGUUGUCCAGCCUUUUACACAAAAAUAGCACCUUGUAAAGGUGCACUGCAUGAGGGUGCAAGUGUGGGCAUUGGGAUUGGGCCAGGACGUGCUGUGGUCAGGUGACUGAUGGGAAGUCCAAGGCUGCAGACCUGUGUACAACUCUGAAUCCACCCCAGACACAGACACACGGCCUUGGUCUUCCCACUGACUUCAGAAACGAGAGGCUUUACAGAACAGCACUACAGUGAUGACUGUCUUAUUUUAAACCUGUGUCUUCGUAUUUAUCCAGUGUCCUCUUCACUUCAGCUAUAAUGUAUUGUAUUAUGGAUCCUCUCCACUUAGAAUUAUGAAUUAGCUUCAAAUGUACCACUUGAAUUGUUUUCAAUAAUAGUACCCUGUAUUAUAAACAACGGUUUUGUCAUGA